GAAAAGGGAAGAAUCGCUGCCAGGCACUUAGCGAGGAGGCGACUGCAUCAUUUGACACUUGCAAGAUUUAUAGUCGCUGCCGCAGCCAGCAUUUCUAAGAUGCCAAAGCCGAGGCAGCCCGCAAAACUAAUGGAAUCUUAAUUUAGCAAAGCCAAAAUAAAGGCAACACCAGCAGCAGCAACAGCAGCAGCAACUGAAACAACAGCAAUCGAAGCAACCGACAGCGGCAACAUCAGCAAAUUCCAUUUCCAUGGCAGCCACUUGGCACCCGCGAAAAAGCCAAAGUGAUGGAGCUGCUGCAAGGAGCUGGGAAAGCUUUUCAUGGUCAGCGCAAACAAUUUAAUGUAAUUUAAAUGACGGCCCAGGACACAGGACAGAGUUGGCAGAAUGAGGAUGAGGAUGGGCAUCAUGAUGGGUAUGAGGAUGGGGAUGAGGAUGGGGAUGAGGAUGGAGAUGGAGAUGGGGAUGGGUAUGGCGACAGGAACAGAGAACAGCAGGUGCAGUUGGGAUCGUCGCGUCUGUGGGAGUAUGCAGCUCGUUCGCAUUUUUCCCUGGCGGCUUCUUUGUGCAACAGCAACAUCAGCACAACAGCAGCAACAGCAGCAACAUCGACAUUGACGACAUCAGCGACAGGCGAAUGUCGCUAUCAAGUUCUGUCUGCUGCCCUCUGUUUUUUGUUUUGCCUCUUUUUGGAACGACACAUUUUAAUGAUGAGUCGAGUGGAGUCGCCGUGCCACCGAUUCUCCCCGAAUUCAGACUCUGAACUCGCCUCGAUUUCCUGCAGCUUCUGGCUUCUCUCUUUUCUUGCCACUGCUUACUUCGUGUGCAUCUUGGCUGUGGUGGCUGUGGCCCAGGCUGGUCUGCUGCCCCACGUGGAUAGCCAUCAUGGCUACCACCAUGAGGAACUGCCUCAUCUGCUGGACGCGGAGAUCCAUCAUUCGGAUGGCAUUCAUCUGGGACACAGUGCCGCUUUGGUGCACGAUGAUCACCAUUUGAACCACCAUCUGGAUCAUCAUUUGGAUCACCACCUGGUGGAGUCGCUGCCCACCACCGUGUACCACCAUGAGCCGCUGCACUACCACUACGCUCGUCUGCAGUCCGCUCCGGUGGUGCACCACCAUCACCAUGACACCCACGCCGCCGUGGUGCAUCACAGUAUCCCAGCCCACUUCGAUGUCCACAGCCACUCGAACCUGCUGUCCUUCGCCAAGCACGCCCUGCACGGCAAGUACGGAAAGGUCAGGAUCACCGAGACCCAUUAUUGAGAGAUUCCACACACAUCCAUUGUCCAUAAUA